AUGCUGCACUACGCCACCGUCCCCGGCGCCUUCGACGUCGCCGUCCUCGUCUCGGGCGACGCAGACUUCCUGCCCGCGCUCGUGCGGACGCGGCAGCGCGGCAAGCGCGUCGCCAUCUGCUCGCUGCGCAACUCCGCCUCCUCCUCCUUCGAGAACGCCGAGGCGUCGCAGCUGCUCGGCUUGGCGCGCCUCAAGGACUUUGACGUCCUCUGGCUCGACGACCACGUGACGAAGCUCGUGACGCCGCUGCACCCGACCCUGCGGCGGCAGCGGCCGGCGCUGCUCUGCUGGCUGCGCGACGCGCUGCUCGGGCACGUGAGUGAGCUCGGCGGCGCCGCCUCGGAGGAGGAGGUCUCCCUCUUCCUCUCGCAGAUCGGGCUGGGCGAGUCGAGCGCGCUCGCCUUUGUGCGGCACGAGUGCGGCUCCAUCGGCGCCUUCCUCGACGAGCACUGCGCCGGCCAGCUGACGAUGCGCCGCAUGAUGGGCACCGCCGUCGUGCAGGCGCGCGGAGCGACGCCCGCCGCCAUUCGCGACGCGAGGAGAGGGCGCGACGCGGCGGGCGGCAGCGACGCCGGCGCUGACGCCGACGCCGACGCCGGCGACCUCGGGGAGGCGCUGCUUGCAGCGCAGUCGCUGCUCGACGACGACGACUGAGGCGGUCGUCGUUUCUCGUGUGAUAAAUUUGGGGGUUGAAUCCACUACGUUUUAC